AUGGCAUCUUCAAAUUCACCAUGCGCAGCAUGCAAAUUUCUUCGAAGAAAAUGCCAACCAGAGUGCGCUUUUGCACCAUACUUCCCACCAGAUCAGCCUCAGAAGUUCGCGAAUGUUCAUAGAAUCUUCGGUGCAAGCAAUGUUACAAAGCUUCUCAACGAUUUACACCCUCACCAGCGCGAAGACGCCGUGAAUUCCCUCGCGUACGAGGCAGAGAUGCGCCUCCGCGACCCUGUCUAUGGUUGCGUCGGCGUUAUCUCCCUCCUCCAGCACCAGCUCCGGCAGCUCCAGGUGGAUCUUUACUGCGCUAAAUCGGAGCUAUCUAGGUACCAAAAUUUGAGUAUCAACACCAACCACGCCUUCGUUGGUAGUGAAUCUGGUGCCGUGGGAUACCAGCAUCAGCAGAACAAUAAUUCUAGUUCUGCUGGUGUUGGAAUCCGCGACAACAGUAAUUACUACCAACACCAUCACCAUCACCACCACCAUCAGUUCUUUCCGCAACAACAGAUGGUAAGAAGUUUUGAUGGAGGGAGCAAUUAUGAUGCUAGUCUCUUGGCUAUGAACAUCUCCGCUAGCUUAGGGCAGCUCAAUCAGCUUCCGGCUGGCGGCGGUGACGACCGCCGCACCGUCAACAACCCUUCCUAG